AUGGCGCUUUGAUGUUAAAAAAAGUACAAAAGGAUGUUUCGGCUGUUUUCAAUUGUAUUUACUCGUGAACUUUUCUUCUAAAUGAUAUAAGUUUGAAGUAAAAUACAGUGAAGCUAUUUUUAAGUUUUUGUCAUGGAUGACGUACGCAUUGAAUGGCUAAGGAACGAAGUUUACUUGGCGCUGGAAAUAGCUGAUUGGGAAGUAUUUGAAGAGUUGCUUAGCAGAGAUGAAGGCGCGAACGAAAGCUUGAUACAGAAAUACCUGAACGACACUCCUGCUGAAGGAACAGCAUUAAUUUUUCAUUCGGAAAUUGUCGAAGAGGAAGAAGAGAUUGAAGUUGAAAUAGAGCCUGAAAUUCCAAUAAUACCGGAGGGUGAUGAUUUGUUUGAUGGUGAAAAUAACUCUGUGAGUGAAACUAAGGAUGGCAUCCCCAACUCUAGCAUACAACCACCCGAAGUCCCAACCAAAUCAAAAGAUGCUAGUGAAGGGGACAUUAACCCUGAAACUGGAGAAAUGGUGCAAGAUGAAAAGCAUGUUGCUGAAGAGGAGGAUCACAAACAAGAAUUAAUUUUAAGCCUGCCACUAAAACUGUGAUCAAUAAAGUUUAUCGAACAGUGCUGCUGAUGAGCUGUCAGGCUAUACCAUUGGUUAUGGAUGAAACAAAUGCUGUAUACUUUCAUCGUACAACUGCUGGACCUGUUCCUUUACCAUCCUCACUUGAAGAGGCAAAUGAAAUGAUGCCAAAUCUUUUUGAAUUUGGAUCUUUGAAUGAAAAUGCAACGUUGCUUAUGUUAGAUCAAGUACUACAAAAUGUGUUUCUACCUGCACUAAGUUACAGUGGAACCAGGUAUGAGACAGGGACAAAUGGGG